UGUGAGCGCUAAUGCGGGGAGCUGCGCUCGGGCCUUCUGCCCGCUGCCGCAGUUAUCGCGCGUCCCCUGGCCCAGUUGAGCCCGCACGUUACGAUGGUGACGGCCGGGCUGGCGUACCCGGCUCAGGGCCAUGUAACCUUUGAGGAUGUGGCCGUGUACUUCUCCCAGGAGGAGUGGGGGCUCCUUGAUGAGGCUCAGAGAUGCCUGUACCACACUGUGAUGCUAGAGACCUUGGCGCUUAUAGCGUCCCUGGGUUGUCGGCAUGGGGUAAAAGCUGAGGAAGCUUUUUCCGAGCAGUGUGUUUUUGUGGAAAGAGUGUCACAUUCCAGGACUCCAGAUCCAGCCCUGUCUAUUCCAGGGGCUUGUUCCUGUGUUGUGUGUGUCCCAGCAGAGAAAGACAUCUUGUACCUGGCUGAGCAUGGAGGAGCAUGUGCUGGGCUGAACCUGUGCACUUGUGGAAAACUGUGCUCAUUUAGUUCAUACUUAGACCAGAACCAGAAGCAGGACUGUGGCAAGGAGGACCUUGGAAGGGAGGACCACAGGGCUUUGUUCACGAAGAGCAAAAUCCUCGUGUCAGACAAUAUUGUCACCUUUGGGGAGGUUGAGGAUGGUUUCCUGGGAAGCCUGGGCUCUCUCCAGCACCAGGCCAUCCCCAGUGAAGAGCAUCCACACAGCGGCAGGUGGAGCAAGGCAGUUUCUCACAUUCCGCGAGGGCAACACAGCAUGGGUGGACAGGCCUGCCACAAAAAGGUUAAAUUCAAGGAGCGGCAGAGUGCUCACACUGGAGAAAGCCUUCACGAAUGUAGUCAGUGUGAAAAGUCCUUCAUCUCCAAGAAAAGACUUCUUGAGCACCAGAGAAUCCACACUGGAGAACGACUUUAUAAGUGCAGCGAGUGUGAGACGUCCUUUGUCUACAAAAGCAGACUUCUUGAGCACCAGAGAGUCCACACUGGAGGAAAGCCUCACGAGUGUAGCAAAUGUGGGAAGUUCUUUAAGAAUAAAUCUAGCCUUAAUCAACACUGGAAAGUUCACACUGGAGAAAGGCCUCAUCAGUGCAGUGAAUGUGGGAAAUCCUUCCCCUAUAAAAGCAGACUUCUUGAGCACCAGAGAAUCCACACUAGAGAAAGGCCUAACAAGUGCAGCGAAUGUGGGAAGUCCUUCAUCUAUAAAAAGAAACUUCUUGAACACCAGAGAAUCCACACUGGAGAUAGGCUUUACAAGUGCAGUGAGUGUGGGAAAUCUUUCUUCUACAAAAGAAUACUUCUAAGGCACCAGAGAAUCCACACUGGUGGAAAGCCUCAUGAGUGUAAUGAAUGUGGGAAGGUCUUUAGACACAGACCUAGUCUUCUUCAUCACUGGAAAAUUCACACUAGAGAAAGGCCUUACAAGUGCAGUGAAUGUGGGAAGUCCUUCAUCCAUAAUAGGAGACUUCUUGAGCACCAGAGAAUCCACACUGGAGACAGGCCUUAUAAGUGCAGUGAGUGUGAGAAGUCCUUUGUCUACAAAAGCAGACUUUUUGAGCACCAGAGAGUCCACACUGGAGAAAAGCCUUUUGAAUGCAGCCAGUGUGGGAAGUUCUUCAGACAUAGCUCCACCCUCCUUAAACACCAGAAGGUUCACAGCACAGAAAGCCAUCUCAGCACGGUAAAUGUGGAAGUCUUUCAUCCACAAAAUAAAGAUUUCUUUUGCACCAGAGAGUCCACACUGGAGAAAAGUUUUAAGAAUGCAGCAAGUGUGGGAAAACUUUCAUAAAAGGGUUUGAAUUCAAUGAGCACCAGAAACUCUGGAGAAAAGCCAUAUGAAUGUUGUGAAUGUGGGAAAUUCUUUAGACACUGAUCACUGAUCCACUCACAUUCAACACCAAAAUGUUCAUGCUGGAGAGAGGCCUUGAAUAAGUGUAAUAAGUAUGGGAUGUCCUCCAUGGACAAAAGAAAUCUUGAGCAAAGAGAAUUCAAGCUGGAGGAAGAAGCUUUGAGUAUAAUGGAUGUGGGAAAUCAUAGGAAACCUCGUCAUCCUCAAGGACAGACUUACUCAGCACCACAAAGUCCACACUGGAGAAAAGCAUUUCUGUGCAGCAAAUGUGGAAAGUAUUUUGGUGGAAGAUAUUGCUUCAUCAGGCCCCAGAAAGUUCACAGGAGAGAAAACCCUUAGUAGUAGACAAACACCUUAUUUUUUAAGCCAUGUUGAAGCUUGGAGGUUAUGUGCCCUUUGGGGCAGGUUUAGGAUAGAAUUGUGGUUUGCCAUUGUGAAGGGGUGAACAGCUUUUGUGAGUCACAGUGUCAUGUCAGGAGCACAGUAUGAGUCAGAAAAUACUUCUUAUUCCUAAUUUAGCAUCCUUUGCAUUGCUUCCUAAGACAUCCUGGGAAAUACUGCAGGGCUUUGUGAUUAAUAAUGAUGUUGCAGUGCGUUCCUGUGUCAUAACCUACUAAGGGAUAAUCUGAUAGGUUGGUAUCAGUUUGCAUUCUCACCAGAAAAACCAGAACCAGAGUUCCAGUUUCUUUAUAUCCUUGUACCUGGUAUGGUCAGACUUCCUAAUUUCAGUGGUGUAGUAGGUGUGUAAUGGCACCUGGUGAUUUUAAUUUGUAUAUCCCUAAGAUGUGAUAUUUAGAUGUUUUUCAUGUGUUAAUUUCCAGCUAUCAUAUCUUUGGAAAUUUCUGUUCGUAUGAUGUAUUAUAUUAAUUACUGAGUUUUGACAUUUGCCCAUGGAUUAUGGAUAAAAGUUUUCUAUUUUAAAUAUUUGACAAUAUAUUCUUCCAGUCAUGGUGUUGUUUUUUUCAGUUGCUUUUCUUGUGAAAAUAAUUUUUUAAAUUUUAAGGAAGUCAAAUUU